AUGGAUAAUUUCCAACACCAGCGCCUUGACUCAAACUCAGACUCCAUCAGACUUCUAAAGUUGGAGCCGGCAAAAUUCGGUGUUGACGAGGUUCGCUGCAGGCUACUCCACACCACGCUCUCUCGGUGUCCUGCAUACUACGCGCUGAGCUACACCUGGGGCAGCAAGCGCGACGAACGGCACAUCUUCGUUGACGGAAGGAGGUGCAAGGUCAGAGCCAAUCUCUGGUCAUUCCUCAAGCAAGCCCAAGAAACACUGCCCUCGUCAAUGCUAUGGAUAGAUGCGCUGUGCAUCGACCAGCACUCGAAUGAAGAGCGCGGCCACCAAGUCCAGCUCAUGAGCAGCAUCUACGGCAGAGCCGAAAAGGUCAUCCUAUGGCUGGGGAAUGACGGAGUGUCCAUCAGCUACCUGUUCUGGACUUUUGCGGACUCGGCUGAAGACUUGAGCCAUCUGACCGAAGAGGACCUGCAGACGUACAUCCGCACUCUGUACAUGCUCACUCAAUUUCCCUACUGGUCCCGGAUGUGGAUCGCGCAGGAGCUGCUGUUGGCUUCAACGGUGGAGCUGAUGUACAACGACGAUCUACUGCCUUGGGAUCGUUUCUGGACCGGCGUUGACUCUCUGCUGCGCAUCUGCGGUGAGCGGGACGUGCCCGGCACCAAGCGGUUCAGCAUUACCCAUUCAUAUGCGUACAGGCACCGAGAGCAACGAGACGUGUUCAAGCAGCUACCGGAAGGGAGCAAGUCGGCGGAUCUGAAUGGCCUUCUGAUAAGGUAUUCCUCGUCGCAAUGCACUCUGAUACGUGACCGGGUCGUAGGGCUGCUAUCUCUGGUCGAAAGAGGAGAUUCAUUCAAAAACUGUUACGACGGCACGGCAGCAAAUCUUGUCUUGCGUGCCUUUCUUCAUUUCCGCGGGAACCUUGAACUUCUGGGCAGAUUGCGCCAAUGCUUGAGGGUGACGCAUGCCGGGCUCUAUGAAGAGCUUGCGUGCUGGCAGCCGAGCCGAAUCUCUUCCACAUACACAGAUCCAAGUUUGUACAGGGGAGAGAUGGUGCGGUUUGAAGCAGGCCAUGGGUAUGCACCGAGCGGGACCGGUGUGAGGUGUCUGACGUGCAAUGCCACCAUUGUCAGGAUGGCCCAGGAGCCACUUCUCCGAAGCAGUCUACAUUGUCUCGCUGGCAUGGGGACAAGUUGCCACAUGUUCUGCGCUGCAGACUUUUCGGACGACGGCCAGAUCAGCAGCUACGCAAUCUUCUUCGACAAACCAAAUGGCCAUGAGAAACAUAAGUUUGCGAAGUUCAGGCCUCGGUCUCAAGGUCUCAUGGCUAUCAUGAGUGAGCAACCGCAGCGAGCCUGGCAUUACAUCAGUAUUGAUCUCUUUGUGUACCUUGUCGAGUAUUUGCGGCUGCCAGAAGAAGACUGGACGGCUCCGGUGCCGCCGACGAAGACGCUGAUGCCAGUUCCGAAGUCUGCCAAUCCAUCGACUCGCCAGUCUUGGACGGAUGCUCGCUUUCCAUUAAGCAAAGAUCCCAUAGGUCAUGGAACUCUCAACCUCAUCGAGGUCGAUCUCCUCGUCCCUGCCAAGGAUGGUCGAAGCCUAGAGGAGUGGUUCGAGUUUCGCAAGGCGCGUCCCAAGUUUCGAGAGUACUUGAGCGGGCAGUGA